GGCAAAAGCAAGCACGACAUCUCCGAACCCAAUUACAAAUCCACACCAUCACCACUCUCCAUCUCAUCCAAAGAUGGGGCAUACCACGACCUCUAAUCAACACAUCUCCUAACCCCAAACAUCUAGGAAUCAACCAUGGCCCAACCAAGUGAAAGAGAUACAGAAGAUCAGGCGCAUGUGCACGAGCAGACUGAACAAUCGCCACUGCUUGGCGAUCAUCAGCCCGGUCAGCAGGCUAAUGUAGAUGAUGAGGUUGAGAAGGGUGGCAGAACGACGAGUUGGUGGGUUUGGAGGGGGUUCUGGGUUCUUUUCGGGGCUCUUGUUCUGUCGGUGUUUGUUAAAGGGUGGAUUGAUGCUGGUGGUGAUGUUGAGUUCGAUUUGAAAGGUGCACUGAAGCGGGCUCUUGGAGGGGGGUUGAGUGGUGCUGCGGCUAUGGUCUUGCAAGUGCUACUUUUGAUGCCACUUCGCACUAUCAUGAAUUAUCAAUAUCGCUUUGGAACUUCAUUCUCCGCUGCGACCCGGACUCUGUAUGCUGAUGGAGGGUUCAUUCGGUAUUACCAGGGCAUGGGUGCUGCUCUUGUGCAAGGUCCUGUGUCACGAUUCGGAGACACAGCUGCCAAUGCCGGCAUCCUUGCUUUACUACAGUCAAAUUCCUACUUGAAGGGUCUCCCAACACCAAUCAAAACAGUAUUCGCAUCUCUCUGCGCCGCUUCCUUCCGCAUGAUCCUAACACCAAUCGACACUCUCAAAACCACUCUCCAAGUCCAAGGUUCCCGAGGUACCACCCUCCUCCGUCAGCGCAUCAAGUCAAACGGAGUCGGCAGUCUCUGGUGGGGUGCAUUCGCAACUGCGGCCGCGACCUUCGUCGGUCAUUACCCUUGGUUUGCAACUUACAACUUCCUUUUCGAAAACAUUCCCGAACCUCCAAAGCACUCGAUCGUCGUCUGGCUUCUGCGUCUUGCGUUUAUUGGGUUCGUGGCUUCGGUUGUGUCGGAUACGGUGUCGAAUUCUUUGAGAGUUGUGAAGACGUAUCGCCAGGUUAAUGACACGCAGGUUUCGUAUAGUAAGUAUUGCUCCUCAUGUCACCCUUUGAACUUUUCCGGGGGGGUUGGACUAAUGAAAUUGUACAGCCGAGGCGGCGAAAUUAGUUGUCCUUCAAGAUGGAGUCACGGGAUUAUUUGGACGAGGACUUAAGACCAGGAUCCUGUGCAAUGGUUUGCAAGGAUUGUUGUUCAGCAUUCUCUGGAAGUUAUUCUUGGAUCU